AUGAAGUACAUCGGUGCCAGUCUCGCCUUCGCCGCCACGGCGCUCGCUGCUGCCCGCACAAGCGCCCCAUCCGGCUGUUUGACCGUGUCGUCCAGCGGCGGGGACUACGACAGCAUUCAAGAUGCCGUCGACUCCCUGUCCACUUCAUCUUCGGAAGACCAGUGCAUAUUCAUCGACCAAGGCACCUAUAGCGAGCAAGUGCUCGUCGACGACCGCUCAGCCCAGCUGACCUUCUAUGGUUACACCACCGACACGGCUAGCUAUAGCGGCAACGGAGCCACCAUCACCUCUAGCAAAAGCCAGAACGACGGUCUCUCCAACGACGAGACCGCCACCCUGCGUGUCCACGCUGCCAACUUCAAGAUGUACAAUGUGAAUGUCGAGAAUGCCUAUGGCGAGGGUAGCCAGGCCGUCGCACUCAGCGCUUACGCCGACAGCGGCUACUACGGCUGCGCUUUCACCGGAUUCCAGGACACCCUACUCGCCAACGAGGGUUACCAGCUCUAUUCCAACUGCAUGAUCCAAGGAGCUACCGACUUCAUCUUUGGCCAGGAGUCUCCUGCCUGGUUCGAGGCUUGCGACAUCCGCGUCCUCGCAAAGUCGGUCGGCUACAUCACUGCCAACGGUCGUCAGUCCUCUUCGGGCGAGACCUACUACGUCUUCAACAACUGCGACGUGGCCUGUGCCGAGGGCGAGUCCUGCUCCUCUGGUACGUUCUAUCUAGGCCGCCCAUGGGGUGUCUACGCUCGGGUCGUGUUCCAAAACAGCGCCAUGAGUGAUGUCAUCAACUCAGCCGGAUGGAGCGUCUGGAAUACUGACGAUGAACGCACCGAUGGUGUUGAGUUUGGCGAGUAUAACAACUCUGGCGAAGGUGCUGAAGGUACUCGGGCCAGCUUUGCCGAGACUCUUGACUCUGCUGUCUCUAUCUCCACUGUUUUGGGCAGCAGCUACACCAGUGCCGGUUACUACGACGGGAACUACAUGUGAUUCGUUGACUACACAUUAUCUCAGUGCCGGAUCGCGGCGAUUUUCUUGUACAUAUUCUACAGCAUACAAUGCAGAUCAAUUGGAC